AUUGUAGUCCACUGCAGCGCUGGUAUUGGUAGAACGGGGACAUUUAUUGCUCUUGAUUCACUCCUGAAGGAAGCAGCUGCUAUGGACAGCAUUGACGUCAUCAAUUGCGUCUCUAAGCUACGUCAACAGAGGGCGUUUUCAAUCCAGACAGAUAUGCAGUACGCGUUCCUGCACGAUGCCAUUGUACAUGCCGUGACCCACCACAAUCUACUUUUAUCUCCUUUCGUGGAAAAAUUCCGGACUCGUCCAUAUUUUAAAUUGGACAGGAACUUCAUUUUAAGCAUUGAAUACUCAUCGCUCUCCCAGUCCUCCUUUCCUGGUAAUAUUUCUCCAGUCAGGAGGGAAGACUACGCCGCACAGGCUGUGGACGGAGAUCCGUUUACAUUCAUUCAAACGAAAAAUGGAACAAAUAAUUACUGGAGGAUUACAUUUGAUAGACCUACCUCAAUAUCAUGUUUUACAAUGUUUGUCUCUGGAGGUGUCUAUAAGAUCAGCGUGAAUUUAAGCUAUCCACAUUCGCAGGAAAAACUUUGCGAUGAAAUUCCUGCAGAAUCGGUCCAGAACAUCUACAAAAUUAAGGUCUGCUGUGACAGAGAACUUCAGGUGGAUUCCUUCACGAUCACACGAACAGAUGUUGGAGUGUUACAGCUUAAUGAAAUUUACUUAAAGGGUUGCUGCAAAGGUUUUUACGGUUUUUCAUGUAUGGAAUGCAAUGAAUCCUGCUCCACAUGUGACGCAGCAAAUGGGGAAUGCUUAUCAUGUGCUCCGUUUAGGUUUGGAGCUCGAUGUGAGAAGACUUGCCCGUAUAAAUGCCUGAAUGGAUUUUGUGAUAGAGACACUGGAUUCUGUACAAGUUGUUACCCCGGGGCUUCAGGGCAGAAAUGUACACCAUGUAAGGGAGGAAAGUAUGGCCAUCACUGCAACCAGUCCUGCACUGACCAUUGUGACAGCGAUUGUGAAGCUGAGACAGGCAAAUGCAUUGCAUCCAGGAGUUUAGAUAAAAAUGGAGAGGUCUUCGACCAAAAGAAUAUUUCCAUGGCUGUAGUAGUCUUUUUGGUCUUAAAUAUAGUAAUAAUAAUUGCUCUUGUGGAGAGAAAAGCAAUACUGAGGAUAUGUAUGACCAAGAAAUAUGACUCAUGUGAGACAUAUCGUGUUAUAGAGCUAGAAGAAAUUAGGCAGGACGACUCAAAUGAAUAUGAGGAAAUAUGUCAACAUGAAUAUGUGAACACAUUAGAUUUGAAAGUGUCCGUUGAUAAAUUUGUAGAAAAAGUCAGAAGUAAGAAGGUGAAUUUUGUCAAGGAAUUUAAGGAAAUUCCUUGUGUAAUGACAGAUGCUCAUCUCAACGCACUUCUUCCAGAGAACAGAAGAAAAAAUCGUUACAAGAAAAUAUAUCCAAAUGACUGUUGUAGAGUUAUUCUGGACUUGUGUGACGUGACUGGAAACUCAGAUUACAUAAAUGCAUCGUUCAUAAACGGCUUUGAGAAGGAAAGAAAAUACAUAGCUGCACAAGGUCCAUUUAAUCACGAGACGACUGUUUUGUUCUGGGAAAUGAUCUGGCAAUACAACAUUUCUAGAGUAUUGAUGCUAACUAAACUAAUGGAAGGCGACGGCAUGCAGUGCGUGCAGUACUGGCCCCUAGCAGAAGAGAGGAUAGGACGUGUAAAAAUUACUCCACAGGGUUGUCGUAUAAUGGAGUGCAUAACGACCAGAACUUUUCUUUUAGAAAGGGAUGACGAAUCACGAACCCUAAAACAUUACCAAUUCACGGGGUGGUUAAAGAAUAAAGUCCCAAGUAACGUAAAUACAAUAAUACAGUUCCAUAACUUGGCCAGAUUUGAGGAGGACGAGGAGUCGGGACCAAUUCUUAUUCAUUGCAGCGCGGGUAUUGGAAGAACUGGAACAUACUUAGCCUUUGAUUACCUGAUGGAAGAAGCCAACAAGAGAGGGACUGUUGACGUCAUCAACUGCAUCGGAAAACUACGACAACAAAGACCUUUCAUGGUGCAAACGUCGGAAGAAUACCGUUUUCUGCACGAAGCCUUAUCUGAAAAUCUCACACAUAUGUAUGUGGACGUCAUUUCCUGAAGAAGAAGCUUUGAGGAUGUCAGAAUUGUUUAAAAUAUGAGUAAAG